AUGGCGAACAAGAGCAGCUCGGGGGCGCGGAGCCCGCUGAGCCUGGUGGUCGCCAUGGCGCUGUGCUGCUUCUUCUACGUGCUCGGCGCGUGGCAGCGCAGCGGCUACGGCAAGGGCGACCGCAUCGCCGCGGCCGUGAACCGGCAGACGGCCUGCGGCGGCCCCGACGCCGCCGCCGCGGGGCUCAGCUUCGAGACGCACCACGGCGGCGACGCCGCAGCCGCGACCGCGAACGCGUCGGCGGCGGCGGCGGCUGCGGCCGGCACGGCUCCGGAGUUCGCGCCGUGCGCGGCGGCGCUGGUGGACCACACGCCGUGCCACGACCAGGACCGCGCCAUGAAGUUCCCCCGCAAGAACAUGGUGUACCGGGAGCGGCACUGCCCCGCCGACGGCGAGCGGCUGCGGUGCCUGGUCCCCGCGCCGCCGGGCUACGUGACGCCGUUCCCCUGGCCCAAGAGCCGCGACUACGUGCCUUUCGCCAACGCGCCCUACAAGAGCCUCACCGUGGAGAAGGCCGUCCAGAACUGGGUCCAGUACGAGGGCACCGUCUUCCGCUUCCCCGGCGGCGGCACGCAGUUCCCGCAGGGCGCCGACAAGUACAUCGACCGCCUCGGCUCCGUCGUCCCCUUCGCCGGCGGCCACGUCCGCACCGUCCUCGACACCGGAUGCGGCGUGGCGAGCCUCGGCGCGUACCUGGACUCCCGCGGCGUGAUCGCCAUGUCCUUCGCGCCGCGCGACUCGCACGAGGCGCAGGUCCAGUUCGCGCUGGAGCGCGGCGUGCCGGCCUUCAUCGGCGUCCUCGGCUCCGUCAAGCUCCCCUUCCCGCCGCGCUCCUUCGACAUGGCGCACUGCUCCCGCUGCCUCAUCCCCUGGGGCGGCAACGGCGGGAUGUACAUGAUGGAGAUCGACCGCGUGCUCCGGCCGGGCGGCUACUGGGUGCUCUCCGGCCCGCCGAUCAACUGGAAGACGAACCACAAGGCGUGGGAGCGCACGGAGGCCGACCUCGCCGCCGAGCAGCAGCGGAUCGAGGAGUACGCCGCCAUGCUCUGCUGGGAGAAGGUCACGGAGAUCAACGAGGUCGGCAUCUGGCGGAAGCGGCCGGACCCCGCCGCCGCCUGCCCGAACAGGCCGGCCGUCCGGACCUGCGACGAGGCCAACCCCGACGACGUCUGGUACAAGAACAUGGAGACGUGCAUCACGCCGCCGGCCGGCGCCGGCGCCGGCGAGCUGCUGCCGUUCCCUGCGCGCCUGGGGGCCGUGCCGCCGCGGAUCUCGUCGGGCGCCGUGCCGGGCUUCACGGCGGAGUCGUACGCGGAGGAGAACCGGCGGUGGGAGCGGCACGUGGCGGCGUACAAGAAGGUGAACUACAAGCUCAGCAGCGAGCGGUACCGGAACAUCAUGGACAUGAACGCCGGCGUGGGCGGGUUCGCGGCAGCGAUCUUCUCCCCCAAGGCGUGGGUCAUGAACGUCGUGCCGACCGCCGCCGAGCUCUCCACCCUCGGCGUCGUCUACGAGCGGGGCCUUAUCGGCAUGUACCAUGACUGGUGUGAAGCAUUCUCUACCUACCCAAGAACAUACGACCUCAUACACGCCAAUGGGAUCUUCACCCUCUACAAGGACAGGUGCAAGAUGGAGGACAUCCUGCUGGAGAUGGACCGGAUCCUGCGGCCCGAGGGCACGGUGAUCCUCCGGGACGACGUCGAGAUCCUGCUCAAGGUGCAGCGGACGGCCAAGGGGAUGCGGUGGAAGACGCUGAUGGCGAACCACGAGGACAGCCCCAACAUCCGCGAGAAGGUGCUCUUCGCCGUCAAGCGGUACUGGACCGCCGCCGGCGAGGGAUCGGCGUCGGAGGAGCAGAAGAACACGGGCAGCUCUCCGGAAGGCAAGGGUUCAGAGGAUUAA